GACGCCAAGGUCCCAUGACGAGGCUGUUUUUAUCGUUUCAGCUUUAAGAAGGAAACUGGCUAAGUUUCAGAGCUAGUUUGAUAAAUAGCUGAAAGGCUUUCCUUCUUAGAUUCUUCAUUUAGUACAGAGCGAGAGUUUCGAUAACCGACGUUUGCUUAGUUCAUUUCGAGAUUUCUAAGCUUGCUGCAAAAUGUUGAAGUACGUGGAAUCGAGAUCGCCAAUGGACAAUAGCUACCACAGAACUGACGGCGCAGCCACUGUUGGGAUUAUUCCCGAACCCAACCGAGCGGGCAGUCUCGGAAAAUCACGAGGUUGGCUCGUGAAUCUGCUUAUCAUCGGCCUUCCGGUCUUGAUUUGCAUCAUCCUCCUCCUAAUUUUCAUGUUUGCUACAAGUAUAGACCGAAAACCACCUUAUGUGUCCACUAGGUGCAUUCUCUCUGCGGAGUCAAACAGCUCCAAACUGACAGCGACUCUGAAGAAAAUUCAAACAGAGUAUUUCCGAGUGUUAUGGCCCGAGAGGAUAUACAGGAAACCCGGAGUAAAGCCCGAAGAAAUUCGAGCGACGUUCCGACCGUGGGACCCGAGCCCGAACACUAUUAAGAACAAAACAGACACGGCAAUGAAACUACUUUCAGAACUGAAUUCUUUAAAGAUCAACACGACGUUACUAAAGAUUCGAGAAAGAAAGGCUGUUCACGUUGCUAAGGCAAUAUUACUGAAUAAUAACGACUGGGCGCCUUUAGGACAAAAUUACUACGCGGGGGACUGGAUGUUAGGACCUGACGUUUUCUGUUGGCAACCUAUUUGCCAGGUAUACGCACAUCUGAGUGCAGUGAUCGGGUAUUUCAAGCCACAUAAUUUAACUGAUUUGAAAAAAUUGGACGAGCUCUUUGAUCAGGUCAACGAGACAUUCGAGACAUACAUCGAAAACUUAAAACUGGGCGUACGAACUGGGUACGUGCGAAACAAGGAAGCUUGUGAGGUUGGCUUGCACAACUUGCAGUACUUUUCUUAUCGAAAUAUUGCUCUGGAAAACGAAACAGGUGUCUUCAAAGAAUAUUUCUCAACAGAGGUUCAAUCUGACAAAUUCUACGACAAAUUGUCCAAGAGUGACAAGAAAAAAUGGAAAGACGAAUACAAAGAAGAUGUUGCGGCUUACUUCAAGCGCUCUCUCGUAACGAAGAUUGGAAACGCGACUAUAAAAAUGCUACGAUAUGUGAAAGGAGAACACCUGAGCAACUGCGCCCCAGAGACAGUGGUCAGCGGUCUAAAAAAAUUGCCUCUACCUUAUGUGUACAAAAACUUAGCCGCUGACACCAACCAACCGGCAAUGCAGAAACUCCCCACUAAUGAGCCACUCCAGGGAAGUGAUACAUACAAAUCACUGAUGAGAUUUUUUACAACAUUUAAUAUCACGGCAGAGAAGCUAAGGAAAAAGACUCAAGAACGUUUGAACGAACUAUAUCCACAGGUUGAGAAACUGGCUCAAGAUUACACUGGUAUCAAGAACAACGUGUCUGCCAUCAACGCUUUUACAAGAGAAAUGCAGGAACAGAAAAUGUACUUUAACGACAAACCCUUCCCUGAUAAUGAGACCAGCGACGAUGCCUUUAUCAAAUGUCAUGACGACGCAAGCGCCAAGGCUUAUUGCCCCAAACGAUACAAAGCAAUGCAGGCUUGGAUAAAAAAUUCAAAAGAGGUUAACAGCAUAAUCAAACCAUAUUUAAAGAAUUUUUUAUAUGACAGUGGUCCAAAGAAUUGUAUUCCAAAAUGUCCUGUGGACAUCAAAGCCUGGUAUCAUCCUCAUUCUGUAUUUCAAGCCUAUUUCAUUGGCAACAAAGACUGCUCAUACAAAGCGCAGCAGAUCCUGCCCUUUUUUGUCGAAAAUUUUGGGCCAAAAUGGACUGAAUAUACCACUAUGAUACAUGAAUUUGCGGGACAUCACGUCGAGGUUCAAAGCUUCACAGAAUAUUUCCGAAGUGACUGUAAAGACCCAAUUGCUUGGUUAAACGCCCCAAACUACUUUAUAGCUAUAACAGAAGGUUGGGCUGCUUAUGCAGAGGACCAGCUUUAUCCAGAGGACACAACACUUUACAGCUCUAAAACAAACAAAACAAUUCUGCGUCAGAAAUAUGGCAUGUUAUACUAUCAGUUACUUCACGCCCUCAGAGCUAUGGCUGACAUCGAUUUACACUUCUAUGGGAAACAAGUGAGCGAAAUACGAGAGUUGUACCGCAAGUACGUAUGGGAAGAUAAUAACAACCAAGUCAACAAAGACAUACGACGAAUACAAAGCAUGCCAGGAUUUGUAACGAGUUACAUGAUUGGUCAUUUGGAAAUUGAACGUGUCAGGAAAAUGGCCGAGAAGGAGCUGGGCAACGAAUUUUCGCUGAAAGAUUUUCAUUACGAGAUUUUCCGUGAAGGAGAAUUUCCGUUAGAUUAUUUAGAGGAACAUAUUACAGCAUACAUUGCUUGCAAGAAAAAUCCCACUCAAAUUGGUUGUAGUGAAAUGAUAUGAAUUUGACUACAAAGUGAUAUAUUUUGACCAAAGAGCUUUUUCAGGAGGACGUAGAGUAAAGCGCAUAGUUUUAAAUACCAUUUCCGUGUUUUUCAAGCCUGUUUGGGGAACGAGGGCAAGUGCAUACUCUUUGAUAAGAAUCUGGUUUGUUGUUUUUGAGUAGAUACGACUCAUUCCGACAUACUAAACUGAGGUUUGGCAAAAAGGCUCAAUCAAAAAAAAAAAAAGGAUUCGUGGGAACCCAGAAAUGGCCCAC